UACUUUUAUAUCGUGAUGAUAAUAUUUUGUUGUGUACAUUUUUUGACAGAAAUAUUAAGCAAAUGGCCGCUGUUCGGGUCUAGCUUCUUCGCGGUCAAACGCAGCGGAGAUCAACAGAUAUUGGCUCUGAACAGAACCGGUGUCCAUUUCCUCCACAUUGUUACCCAUAAAACCUUAUCGACAGUGCCAUUUAGUGAAGUGAUAUCGACUAGAAAAGUGAGAGCUGGCGAAGGUGCCACUCUCUACUUGGAGCUCAAGUGUGGCAACCUGUUCCAGCAACGUGUGGCUAGACUACAAACUGACCAAGCCCAUGAAAUUGCCCGGCUCGUGAGACAAUAUAUAACCAUGCACCGACGUGAGUUUCUUUAAUAAUACCACAUUAUG